AUGGAAGAAGAAAACGAACAAGUUGAUCCAUCGAAUAUUUGCCAUCGUGUUAAGGUGUACACGUUAUCAUGUGAUAAAUGGGUUGAUCGAGGUACAGGAUAUUGCAGCGGAUUAUUCGAACCAGAACCCCAUUUUCAUGUUAUCAAUGAAGCCGAUUCAAAAGACAUACUUUUAGACUGCCCAAUUAAGGGGACUACUCAAUACCAAAGGCAACAAGAUACAUUGAUUGUUUGGACUAACAAUGACGACGGGACAGAUUACGCAUUAUCCUUCCAGGAAAGCGAAGGAUGUUUACAAAUAUGUGAAUUUUUAAUCAAAGUUCAGAGGGAAGGGAUUGAACCCAAUAUAAGUUUAGUUGCCAUAAUUCAAAGCGGUGAUGGUGAAAUUAGUGAAGUUGUAGCAGGUCCUAUUCUGGAAUUACCCGAUGUAAAGAUUGGCCAAUUGAAGGAUGUAUUGGAUGUUUUAACAAUGGCGCAGUUUCGAAAUAGGGUGAUGACUCAAAUUAAUUCAGAUUGGUUGCGUGAGUUAUGCAGAGUCUUUCAAAAGUGUGAGAAAGAGAAACUUCUUAGUGACAUUUAUUGUUUAACUGAUAUUGUCAAGACGUUAGUCUUUGCCAAUGAAAUUGAUUUCUUUGAAAUGUUUAUUCAAGAAGGGAUAUUAAAUAAUAUUAUUGGCAUCUUAGAGUACGAACCUGAGUACCCUGGAUUGAAGAUGAACUGGAGAGAGUAUUACGAAGGUAACGUCAGGGAAAAAGUUGUUGUUAAAGUUGAAGAUGUCAAUAUAAGUAAAACAAUAAGGGAGAUUUCCGAAUUGAAAUUUUUGAGAGAUGUUGUUUUAACGAAAUUAAUAGAUGAUUGCGGGUACGGUUGUAUCAGCAUGAUGAUUCAAGAUCGAGAAUGUAAGGCAUUGGAAUCUCUCAUGAAAGAAGAGAGGUUCUUCGAUGAUUAUCUGCAAAUGUACAACGAUAACCAAAGUGAUCUUAAAUUAAAAAAUGACGGAAUAAAAUUACUAAACCAAUUAGUCAAUAUGAGUAAAUCCUUACAAGGACACCAAAGAAGUGAUUUUUUUAAACUUCUGAUUACCAAGGGUCUGUCACGACUGAUUGACUAUGCAAUGAAGAGUACAGAUGAGGAUAACGUCAAGCUCAUAACGCAAGUCAUGUCUAUGAUGAUAGAACAUGAUCUUUUCUUAUUGAAGGAUCCGACAUGCUACAAUAAUCCGCUAAUGGAAACGCUGAUUGACAUACAUCUCGGGAAUGAGGAUAUUGGGUUACAAACACAGACAUACGAAGCAAUAAAACUCCUUAUUGACCCUGGCGAUUCUACUAUAAUUGACGAAUCAUUCUACGAGGUGUUUUAUGAUAACCGUGCAUAUGCAUAUAAACUAUUCACACCUCUUUUACGGGUAGUACGGGAUAUCAAAUAUCUACAAGAAUGCACACAGAAACGAUCGUAUAUGCUCAAACUCGAACAUAACGUUGAAUUACUCUCUCACAUUGCACGAAUCCAUGAUUCUGAUUAUAGUAGAUCCUUCAUUAUAGAUAACAACCUACUCUAUGGAGUUGACUCACUCAUUGGCCAAUCCUCCCUAAAAAUGCAAACACGUCUCAGUGGUGUACGUUGUAUGCGUCACAUUGUCAUGUUGAACAACCCCCAUUACAUGCGUCACAUCCAAGAUAAGGAGCUACUCCGUUCAGCGUUGAAACUCCUUGUGGAAACCACCGAGCGUGGGGAAAAUACCCUUGUCUCUGCAGCGUGUCUUGCCCUCUCUGAGUGUCUCCCCUCAAAUUUCAAGGUGGCGAAGAACACCCUGCGGGGCUCGGCAGAAAACAAGCGCGGCAAUCAAAGUGUGGGGCUCGGCGCAACACUGAAACGGGGGUUGGGAGAUGUUGAUGAUGUUGAUGAUGUUGUUGAUUGUGGUGGUUUUAAUAGUAGUGAUGCUGAUCAUGCCAAUGAACAUGACUUGAAUGGAGGACGCAAUAUUCAAAGAAACAAUAAAUGUAAUAACGGUGGUGGUAAUAUGGGAGAACCUGAUAAAAGGCCCCGAGUGUGA